UGAAGCUAAGCAAGCUAGACGUACAACCAGUAGCUCUCGUUAACUUCAGUGAAUCAGUGACGCAGUAGGUAUGGCAUCGGGCGGGGGCGAGGGUAACAUCGAGAAACCACCACCAUUCCGGUGGCUAGAUGUGGCACGGUACGCGGUGGCCUCCGUGGUGACCGUGCUCAUCUUGGCCGUCAUCAUCAACUCCAUCAAGGUUGUUCUCCGCCCCGGCACCCUGUCCCUCUCGGUCACCGGAGGAUCCCUACCCGUGACGCGCUCGCCGACGCCGGAGAAGGUCGUGGUCUUCUAUUCCAACCUCCGGGCUCAGAACCCCAGCGGCCGCGCCCGAAUUUACUACAUCAACAUCACCGCGUACCUCUUCGACAGUAACACGUCGGCGUCAUCGUCGAAUCCGGCGUACGACUCCAUGUUCUACUUCCAUCUGGAAGACAUAGUCGUGCUCCAUCAAGAAGACACCGUGUACUCCUCCUUGCGGGCCAAUGGGACGAAGGACUACAUGCCUGAAUACUUCGACACGCUGUACAACAACAAGAACGCCACCAUCAGCGACGUGACGAUGCGGUUGGAUGGCAACCUCACCACCGAGGUGACAAUCAACAAGACCCGCCUGGCCACCUUCUACUGCACGCCGCUCAUCGUCGGCGGGGACCCGGACGACGAAGCCUUCAAGAAGCCGGACGACGUGCUUUGCGUCAAGGGGUAGGCCAGGCAUUUCAUUUAAUGAUUCUGCAUGCAUGGUUACGCUGACUCAAGC